AUGAUGUUCGAUCCAGGACUUAGCAAAUUAACAAUUUCUAGAGAAAGAUUAGAAAAUGCUGAAUUGUGGAAUACUGGACAAUUUCCUUUACUUUUUGUUAAUAAUUCAUUUAAUAAUAAUGAACAAGCUAAUAAUAAUAAUUUAAAUUCUGUUAAUGUUAAAUUAAGUGGAGGCCCCGCAUUUCCAUAUAAUUAUCAAUUUCAACAACUGCUUUUCCAUUUUGGAGAUAUUAAAAAAGGAGAAGUUGGUUCUGAACAUACAAUUAAUCGUGUUAGAUUUCCUGCGGAGAUUCAAUUAUUAGCCUUUAAUUCCGAUCUCUACGAAAAUUUUACUCAAGCGCAAUCACAGCCUAGAGGUCUUUUAGCUGUUGGAAUUAUUGUUGAUAUUGGUGAUAAAACAAAUGUUGAAUUAAAACGCUUAGCUAAAGCAGCAAUAAAUAUUAAAUAUAGAAAUCAAGUAGUUCAAAUAAAGCAUUUCCAACCUUCUGCUUUACUGCCUCACACAGAUUAUUAUAUUACAUAUGAAGGGUCAUUGACAUUCCCCGGAUGUUUCGAGACCUUAAAUUUAUGGUCAGAAUUAUUACAAAGCGAAAAACCAACAGAAAUAAAUACAAAUCUAAAAAAGAAGAAUCAAGCUGAUGAUUCAUCAUUAUUGUCUUCUCCUCCAAUAACAUUAAGCUCAAACUUUAGGCCGUUGAAAGCACAAAAUGGCAGAAUUUUGAGGACAAAUAUUAACAUAAAAUUAAAGCCUUCACCUCCAUUUCCUUAUUAUUCUUCUCCAACAGAUGGAAACUGUCCAAGUAAUGUUUAUGUAGAUAUGGGGUAUCAAACAAAUCCAAAAAGAACGGAAAAAAGAUUAUUACAACAACCAAUGUUGAAUAAAAGUGGAAAUAGACAAAAAUAGA